UCUCUCUGAGCGACUCAGGGCGCCGUAAUCCUGACGGUCCCUGACGUUACAAUAGAGAGAGACAGUCAGACAGAGAGAGACAGUGAGACAGAGAUAGAGAGAGAGAGACAGAGAGAGAGACGUAGAGAGAGCUGCUGUGUUAGAUUUGAGAGAUGCUCAGUUACCGACGGCAACGCAACAAUGCCGCACGACCACUGUAAACAGGAGCUCCUGACCAUCUCCAAUGUUGCUGUCGGAGACUGCCCCCCCUCUCCCCCCCGCACCGCACCCCCCACCAUGAAGUCGGCUCAUUUCUUUGACAUGAUGGACAAGAUGGAGCAGGUGCCAGAAGCUGCUGAGAUGAAGACAAUCCCUCCAAGACAGAAGGAUGACUACAUUCCUUAUCCGAGGAUCGAGGAGGUGUUGGAGAGGGGCGAGCCGUAUCCUCAGGUCAUCCUGCCGGAGUUCGGAGGUUACUGGAUCGAGGAUCCUGAGGCUCCUCCGCCUCCUGCACCUCCUCCCGCCUCCCUGGAGAUCAAAGGGGAGGAGGAGGAGGGGGCAGGAACAGAGAAGGAAGACAGACCCCCAGGGGAUUAUGGGUACAGACUGGAGGAGAUCAGUGAGGCUGCCCGGGCGUACAGGAAGCACUUUCUAGGCAGGGAACAUUUGAACUUCUCCUGCUCAUCAAGCAGUGUUGGAAAUCUGCUGCUGUCUGUGAGACACGAGGAGGAGAAGGAGCAGGAGUCCCUUCAUGUGAUCAUCAGGUCUCGGGUGAAAAGCAUCUACCACAGAUUGUCCCUGACAGAGCUGCCCGACAUCCCCAGUGUACCAGAGCUCGCCAAGCUGCUGUGUGACGACGCUGCAGGUCUGCGCUUCAGCCCCGUCCUCUACCCCAAGGCAUCUCAGCUGAUUGUGAACUACGAUGAACAUGAGGUGAACAACACCUUCAAGUUUGGAGUCAUUUACCAGAGAUUUGGACAGGUGUCUGAGGAGGAGCUGUUCAGGAACAACGAGGAGACGCCGGCCUUCACCGAGUUCCUGCAGCUGCUGGGAGACACGGUGGAGCUGCAGGACUUCAGAGGGUUUCGGGGAGGUCUGGACGUGUCUCACGGUCAGACGGGCUCUCAGUCCGUCUACACCGUCCACCGACAGCAAGAGAUCAUGUUCCACGUCUCAACCAAACUGCCCUUCACUGAGGGAGACACACAGCAGCUCCAGAGGAAACGCCACAUAGGAAAUGACAUCGUGGCGGUGGUGUUCCAGGAAGAGGCCACACCUUUUGUCCCCGACAUGAUCGCCUCCAACUUCCUGCAUGCCUUUAUCCUGGUGCAGGUGGAGGAGCCCUGCUCUGACACCACCUCGUACAAGGUGUCCGUCACAGCACGAGAAGACGUCCCUCUGUUUGGCCCGCCCCUCCCGAACCCAGCUGUUUUUAAGAAGGGUCCAGAGUUCAGAGAGUUCCUUCUCACCAAACUCAUCAACGCAGAGCUGGCGUGCUACAAGAGUGACCGUUUCGCCCGGCUGGAGGAGCGUACCCGGGCCGCCCUGCUGGACACCCUCCAUGAUGAGCUGCACAGACGUUCCCAGAGCAUGCUGGGAUUGACGUCAGGUCUAGAGGAGGAUGGGCGAGCUGAGAACGGACACGCCCACGGUGGUCUGCUGGAGUCCAUCAAGAGGGCGAUGCGAGGGAGGAGCGUCUCCAUGGAGACCAUGUCACGGGGCGGGGCAGGUCUGCCCACCAGUCUGAGUGGGGGGGGUCUGGCUCACAUCAGCAUUGAGUGUAACGUGAAAUCUCCUGUGAAGAGACGUUCAGGACUUUUUCCUCGUCUGCUGAGCGUCGACAGCCAAACAGAGAAACACAACCUGAGGAGCCUCCUCAGCGAGCAGAGGAGCUUCGACAGCUGCCACCCGACACUGGAGGUGAGGUCAGAGCUGCCGUCCAAUCCCAGCUCUCCAGAGGCGGGACAACGGGACAGGCCUCACAUAAAGAAGGAGAGCAGUAAGAUCUCCAGAUCGACAUCCAGCACCUGCAGCUUCAGCGUCCCGGCUGACGACACACACCUGCUCGCCCAGGCUGCGCUGGUUGAAGGUCAAAGUUCAGCUCCGCUCAUCAUCUGUCGCAGCCCCACAGAGGUGAAAAAUAAAAACUCUCCCAGAUCCAACCUCAAGUUUCGCUUUGACAAGUUGAGUCACUCGGCUGCACAGGGGAACUAAACUGAGAGCAGACGGAGAUUAAUAAUGAGGAGGUUGAGUCAAACGUCCAAGGAGAAGGAGGAGGAGGAGGAGGAGGAGGACAUUAAUGUGAAGACACUGAUGGACAGUCACACACACUGAGGAUAAAAAGGGAAAUCACUUCAAUAUAUUCGUCCUUCGCUGCUGCAGCUGCAUCUUUUCUGCUCAGAGGCAAUCAAACCUGCAGAACUGUGCAUGUCAACACACACACACACACACACACACACACACACACACACACACAUUACUUUCCGUAAUUUAAAUCCUCACACCAUGAAAACACGUUAAAUUUUCUUCUGCUGUGUCUCUGGAGGAGAUAAAUGACACAGAUGAUGUCAUAGUGAUGUCAUCAGGGUCAGGUCAGACUGCGUGGGCUGCAUUUUGGUGUCGCGCUGAUGCAGUUUGUCGAUUUGUGAGUUUGAUCUUUAACGGUCCCAGAAUUGUGGUGCAACUUUAGAAACAGUCUUUAUAUGAGUUCAUAUUUAACCUGUGCAGGUCCCACACAGCAAUAAGUUUCAUCAUGACAGGGACGUCCCUGUCUUUAAACCGAACAUGCCCUCCUGUGACGUAUGAUAAUGAUCUCAACCCAAAUCUAACAGCGUCCCAGGUGAACCAGGUGAGCCGGGCCAUCAAACACUGAGCAGAGCGACUCACAAAAACAGAGUCCUAAAUGACUGACAGAGAGCCUGCGCUCCAAGGUGGAGGUGUUUGAAAGAUCCAUGUGCAUUAUGGGACAUGUAGGAUCAGGUGUUUCAUAGUGGAGGCUUAUGGUGCUUCUCAGAGUUGAGGAUGCGUUCUUGGUAGGACGGGUCCGACAGAGGAAAGGCAGGACUUCUUCCUGUCAUUCUGAGAAGAAGUGUGCAUCAUUGGAAAGUCCCGCCUUUAAAUCAAAGCCACGAUUUCAGAAUCCGUGAAAGAACUGCAAAUGUUACAAAUGAAGGUGGUGAUAGCAAGACAGCUACGAACUUAACCAACCCAGUCACCAGAAUAAAUGUUGGCAUCGUACAUUUCUGCAAACCACGGAAAAAUGUGUAUGUUAUAUGUUAUAUCUUAUAUAUGUUAUAUAUGUAAUAACCACUUUUCAUGUCACUGUGCCGACAGGAAAUGCAGGGACAGGUCGCUAAAAACAACCAUUUGUGUUGUUUGUUGGUGUUGAACGGUGGUCUGCGGGUUGGCAGGUGUCUCUCAGAGGUGUCACACCGUCCACCAUCAACACCUUAUGUUGGUGUCCUUUAGUGACCUGUCACUGCAGAUAGGUCCCCAAAAACUUUUUCUUACCAUAACCACAAGGUUUUUGUGCCUAAGCGUAACCACACAUUAACCACAGCACUGCUAAAAAGUAAAGUUUCACCGUAUUCAUAUCAUAACGUACAAAAGUGACGUAUCUGUGGUUUGUAGAAACGUACAAUGCCAACAUUUGUUCUGGCGACUGGGUCGACGUCUGUUAAAGUCUGAUGAAGUGUUUUUUGUUUUUUUUUCAGGGACGCUGAGCUGAAGGCUGAUGUUCACAGGAAGAUACUAAAUAAUAUUUCUCUCAUUUAUCGCCUAAUAUUUAAUUACCUAAUAUUGUUUUUAUUUUUAGUUUUAAUAGACCCUUUUAGGGCCGACGUCACAAUGACAUCAUGUUAUC